GACAGGGGCGGCCGGACCAGGGCCUGCCCACCACGGACGACCACGGGCAUUUCUUGGUACCCACACCCGCUUUUCUUUUAGUGCCUUUUCACUUAACUACUACACCCAACUUCCCUUUACACUCCGGUGGACCGGUCACCAUACACCUGCACACCCUUUCAAAGGAACUUCUCUCUCCGUCCACCACCUCCCUUACGCAAACUCCUCCCUCUCUGGCUUUUCCGAACCCGGUGCGCUCACUGCUUGAGCCUCUCUUGUUUGUCUUUUUUUUUCUUGCCCUUGGGACUACGCUAGCCCAUCAUUACCUUAGCAGCCUGUCGCCUGUGCCAGCCUUGCCCUGUCUUUUCGCGACAUGCCCAUGUCCCAUCUUGAUUGACGGCGCUAUUCUUGCACCCACUACUGGCCCUCUUUGUUCGCGAGACUCGCUACGAGACCAAAGACCAAAGCGACGACAACCCAAAUUUUGCGCCGAAAUCCGACAUCGCUUCGCCUCACCUCCUGUCCACGGGGUCCUUAUGACGGACUUUUCUGGUCGCACGUUGGAGAAGGAUUGAGAAGGUGGCUUGCAGGUCACUAGGCUUUUCAGAAUUUUCAGCCAUGGCCGUCGUCAUCACGUCUGACGACGAUACAUUUUUCGGGUCGCCCUUGCGUCGAUCUCAGUCGCAGCCCAAGUUCAACACAAAACGCUCGGGUUUCCAUACAUCGGCAUCAACCUCCAGGCUCAGCGACAUCUAUCACCACUCGUCAAAGGCCUUCGAUCACUCGGCCCCGUCCUCGGCGCCUUCUUCCCCUCGGGGCAUUCACCUUGAGUCGUCCGAGCUGUCGGAUUCCUCCACGCCUGUCACGAACCCUUCUCUUACUUCGGACAGCGACGACGAAGAUGUUCUAGAAGCCGCGAUCUCGAGGCGAGGCUUUGGGGGCCGCCUGUCGCGUUAUGAGGAGGAUGUGGGUUAUUUCAACCAUGUGGAGCAUUCGGGACCCCCACCCAGUCCGCGAACGGAUCAGUCAUACACUUCCUCGCCGUCUGGAAAUGAUACGUCCACUCCCACCUCCCGACCCGAGUCUCCGGAGCUUGUUUACGAUAGGGCUGAGGACGAUAUAGCGAUCAAGAUACAGCCUUCUAGACAUGUGGACUACCUCUCGCACAAUUGGCGCGAGGAGGACAUCUGGUCAUCUUGGAAGCAUAUUGUUGCUAGAAGGGGAGAUUAUGCCAACUCGGCUCGGCUAGAGAAUGCCUCUUGGAGGACAUGGAUGAAGUCUAAGAACAACCUCGGCACAGUUUCUCCAGAGACGUUGAACUGGUUGAAAGAUUGCGAUGUCACAUGGCUAUACGGACCCUUGCAGACUGGCCCUUCGAUACACUCCAACACCUCGAGUAACGACAGCACAAGGAUGUCCAAGACCAACUCGUUCGCGAAAAAGCCCAUUCUCAAGAAGAGGAGUAUGUCGGAGCUCAUGCUUCAGAGAUCUCUGUCCGCGUCCUCGCUCGUCAAACAGGCGGCGGCAGCUGUACAAGCACAACAGAAAGGAUGCCUGAAGAAGACUAGUCGACGACCUGGUCUAGACCGGGCCAACACCGAUUUUGUUACCUUCCCAUUCUCGUCUCGCGGUCUCAGUAAUGACAAUAGUUUGUUCGCGACAGCCGUGUCUUCCGGUCUCGUGUCUCCGAGUGGUGAACGGAAGCAUAUUCACUUCAACGAGCAGGUAGCACAGUGCAUUGCUGUGGAAAUCAAAGGAGACGACGAUGAAGACGACGUCGAGCCCGAAAUCAACUAUAACAGCGAUUCGGAUGACGACGCAAUCAUGAUGAAGCGGACCAAGGGGAAGAAGCUGAGACCUAUAUUAAAAAGGUCAAAAAGUCACAGCCACAGCGGUGGAGAGAGCAGGACAAUUGCCAUGCUGCCCUCCACCACGCUCAAGUAUCGGGAGGACACCCCUGAACCAGCGGAAUCGGCCAUGAAGCACAGCACUGGUGUGUUUAGGGGAACAGUAUUGUCCCCUUCUUCGUCUCAGGAGACGUUACGUCCGGCCAAGAAGUCCGGCAGAUUUUUCGUUGACAGCGAUGACGAGGACGAUGAAGACGACGAACCGACGUCAAAUUGGUCCUCUGCGAAAUCCACGGAAGGCUCGAUUGGCGGGCUCCGUCGUUCAACUUCGUCUGCCAGUCUUUUGAAAGAACCAGCUGGCAUGAGGAGAACCGAGUCGGGCAUGUUCAUGCCAUAUGAACAAGGCGAAGACUCCAACAGUGAAGGCCUUUUAGGCCGGGUCAUUGAUACGGUAAAUACGGCCCGGGACAUAGUCCACGUUAUCUGGAACGUUGGGUGGAAGAGAUAAUCUACCACUUGGCUAGACAACUCUUAUUAACCAAUCCAUUUUUCAGAAGGAGGCCACGGCGAAUAACUUGAACACACAACGAUUUCGACUCGGCUGAAGUUUUUUCAAUUUGAAGAACAAUCACACAAAAUAAUUCCGCUCGAUGGGCUACUAUCCAAACAUCGCAUCUGAUGCCAGAGCAUGGCACGCAAAAGUGGAUCCGCAACAACGACCACCACGACGACCUGCCUACAUUAUUAUCUCGAAGCGGCAACAACCGCAGAUAUACCCCGGAAGGUCUUUGAGGGGCCUUCCGGUUGCAUUGAUCACGACAACGCGAAAGCAUGCAUUGCCAUGGUGUUAUAGGGUUACAUUAAUGGUACUUGGGUUUUUUUUUUUUUUUUUCUUUUUUCUUUUAUUCCUCCUUCCUACCAUUUUGUUUUUCAAAACCACCCGGUUCAGGGUUGGCAGGGGGAGAGCCUGGCGCAGGGAGGGGUGCACUAGGUCUUCGUCACAUCGAUCGUCAAACAAUCAAUACCAUUUUUCAAGUUGUGUCUUGCUUCAUGUCUGACGUAUAGGCUUGGUUCGGCUUGGUUUCGGGUUUCCGGUAACGGGUUGAGGAGGCUUAUACCGCAGGCUUUUGGAAUUCUUACUUGGCUUUGCUCUGGUGUUGGGGGAAGACAAAAAUCUGCAGAGGGGAGAACAACGGCAUUUGCUCUUUGACCCUUGGAUAGUACGCCUUGCCCUCAGGCGGAAAAGUGAAGUCGAUAUGGUUAGGAAUUCAGCUCUCAGGACUUGAGGGUGGCGUUCGAGCGCCGGAUGCAUUUCCAUGGCGUUGGACGGAGAAACCAAAAGGAAAAAAAAAGAGUGUGUCUGGUCCUAUCUUACAAAUCAGCUCAUGUUAACAUUCAUACUCCUAUCCAUGUCACGGCGGCGCAAAAAAAUGGUGGAGGCAUUCUUAUGACCGGUACUUGGUCGAAAGUGAGGGUUAUACAUGUGGCUCAUAGUAAUUGAAAACGCCACUGUACAUCCUGUGCAUAGUGGUUAACAAAGAUGCUCAGUCAGAACCUAGCAUAUUCCGAACUGCAGUCCCAUCGGUGUGUAACCUGGCUCGCUAGUAGUUCAUUAUGAAAUGCU